CGGUGGUCCGGCCGCGAGGGCUCACACGAGGCAGCUCGCGGCGUCCGGCCGCGCAGGACUGCUCAAGAUGUCGUACAUGCUUCCGCAUCUGCACAAUGGCUGGCAGGUAGACCAGGCCAUUCUUUCGGAGGAGGACCGCGUGGUCGUCAUUCGUUUCGGACACGACUGGGACCCCACUUGCAUGAAGAUGGACGAGGUUCUGUACAGCAUCGCCGAGAAGGUUAAAAAUUUCGCAGUUAUUUAUCUUGUGGAUAUUACAGAAGUGCCGGACUUCAACAAGAUGUGUGAGUUGUGUGACCCAUGCACUGUCACGUUUUUCUUCAGAAACAAGCAUAUCAUGAUUGAUUUGGGCACUGGCAACAACAACAAGAUCAACUGGGCCAUGGAAGACAAGCAAGAGAUGGUUGACAUCAUAGAGACCGUGUACCGUGGGGAUCGCAAAGGCCGGGGUCUGGUGGUGUCUCCCAAGGACUACUCCACUAAGUACAGAUACUGAGCACUGCCCUCCCAGGCUGUGCAGAGGACACUAGGAGCCUCUUCCGUGUAGACACACUCAGCUCUUCAGAGCUUUUGGAAAGGGCUUGCAG